UGCAAAGCCGCGGCGGGCGCGUUGGCGGGGCAGGAGCAGGAGUCGGAGCCGGCCCUGGGGAGGGGCGGGCAGGCAGGCAGGGCAGAGAUUGAUGUCUCAUCACUUGAUUAGGCAGCCCUGCCUCUGCCCAGCUUGGCUCAGCGGCUGCAAACACCCAGCCUCGGCGGCGGCUCCCCCGAAGCGAUGAGCCCCGGCGGGCAGCAGCAGCGCUAGGCUCGUCCCCGCCAACUUCCUCUCCCCCCUUCUCCUCGGAGCAUCGGUGAAAAUGGCGAGGGGAGAGAUGGAUGCGGACGGGCUCCGGGGGACCCUGGUGUCCCUGCUGCUGCUGGCGGCGGCGGCGCUGCCCGGCGGCGCGGUUCGCCCGCGGGUCCCCCUGCCCGGGGACGUGAACGGCUACAGCCUGCACCCGCCCUACUUCAACCUGGCCGAGAGCACCCGGAUCUCCGCCACCGCCACCUGCGGGGAAGAGCGCGGCGGCGGCGGCAGCCGGGGCCCCCGCGCCGUGGAGGAUCUGUACUGCAAGCUGGUCGGCGGGCCGGUGGCAGGAGGGGACCCCAACCAGACCAUCCAGGGGCAGUACUGCGACAUUUGCACAUCGAUGAACAGCAACAAGGCUCACCCCAUAACCAACGCCAUUGACGGAACAGAGCGCUGGUGGCAGAGUCCUCCCCUCUCUCGCGGGCUGGAGUUCAACCAGGUCAACGUCACCUUGGACCUUGGACAGCUGUUUCACGUGGCAUACGUCCUGAUCAAAUUUGCCAAUUCCCCUCGUCCGGACCUCUGGGUGCUGGAGCGAUCUACUGACUUUGGACUUACCUAUGAGCCGUGGCAGUACUUUGCCUCUUCCAGGAGGGACUGUAUCGAGAAGUUUGGCCCGAAUACCGUGAAACGUAUUACCAAGGAUGAUGACACCAUCUGCACCACUGAAUAUUCCAGGAUUGUGCCUUUAGAAAACGGAGAGAUUGUCGUCUCGCUGGUAAACGGGCGCCCGGGAGCCAUGAACUUCUCGUAUUCACCUCUCCUGCGGAAUUUCACCAAAGCCACUAACAUCAGACUGCGCUUCCUGCAGACCAACACGCUGCUUGGGCACCUGAUGGGCAAAGCCCUAAGGGACCCAACCGUGACCAGGAGGUAUUACUACAGCAUCAAAGAUAUCAGCAUUGGAGGGCGCUGCGUCUGCCAUGGCCAUGCGGACGUCUGUGAUGCUAAAGACCCUACUGACCCCUAUAGGCUGCAGUGCGAUUGUCAACACAACACCUGUGGCGGCUCAUGUGAUCGUUGCUGCCCGGGCUUCAACCAGUUACCCUGGAAACCAGCUACGACUGACAGCGCUAAUGAAUGCCAACCUUGCAAUUGCAAUGGUCAUGCCUACGACUGCUACUAUGAUCCAGAGGUCGAUCGCCACAAGGCCAGCAAAAAUUAUGACAACCAGUAUAAAGGAGGAGGUGUCUGCAUAGAAUGUCAGCAUCAUACAACUGGCAUCAACUGUGAGAGGUGCAUCCCUGGAUACUAUAAAUCCCCUGACCAUUCGAUAGACUCGCCCUACAUUUGCUACCGUUGUAAUUGUGACUCAGAGUUCACCGAUGGCACCUGUGAGGACCUCACUGGUCGCUGUUACUGCAAGCCAAAUUACACCGGGGAGCUCUGCAAUGCCUGCGCAGAGGGAUACACAGACUUCCCACACUGCUAUCCUGUUCCAGCUUUCUCUCACAAUGAUACUGGAGAACAGGUGCUUCCGGCUGGACAGAUAAUAAACUGCGAUUGCAACGCCGCUGGGACGGAAGGGAAUGCCUGCCGCAAAGACUCUCAAAGGGGAAUGUGUGUGUGCAAACCUAACUUCCAGGGAGCUCAGUGUGAUCAAUGUGCGCCCGGGCACUACGGACCCGGCUGCCAACCAUGCCAGUGUUCAGGCCCUGGCCAGUACGAUGGCACCUGCGACAGCGAGACUGGCCAGUGCCUAUGCCGAUCUGGAUUCGAAGGGUAUUCGUGUAACCAGUGUGCACCCGGCUACUUCAGCUACCCUCUCUGCCAAUUGUGCGGGUGCAGUGCUGUUGGGACGCUGCCAGGAGGCUGCGACUCAGGCGGGAGAUGUUUCUGUAGGCCUGAGUUUGAUGGGCCCCGCUGUGAUCAGUGCAGCAUGGGAUAUCAUUCCUAUCCUCGUUGCCAAGCUUGCUCCUGUGAUCCCCGGGGUUCGGUGGAUAACAAUUGUAGCCCAGCUGGUCAAUGCCGGUGCCAUUCUAACUACGCCGGGCACACCUGUAGCCAGUGUGCCCCAGGCUUCUAUGGGUACCCCAGCUGCACAUCUUGCCAGUGCUCCACAGAGGGCUCUCUCCACGGCACAUGUGAUCAGGAAACUGGACAGUGCAGCUGUCGCCCCAAAGUGGCUGGACUGCGCUGUGACACCUGCAUGCCAGGGGCAUAUGGAUUUCCACACUGCGAAGUGGGCUCCUGUAACCCAGCAGGGUUAGCAACUGCAGACCCUUCCCUGUCUCCGGGUUCCUGUGCGUGUCGGGCAUAUGUCGAAGGUCCAGCUUGUGACAGGUGCAAACCACUGUACUGGAACCUGACUCCAGAUAACCCGUAUGGAUGCACAAGCUGCCAGUGUGAUACCAAGGGCACCAUCAGUGGAGUCGCAGAAUGUCAGCAAGGCAAUGGGCAGUGUUUCUGCAAACCCAGCAUCUGUGGCCAGUUGUGCUCCACGUGUAAGGACGGAUACUUCAACCUGGACCAUGCAAAUUACUUUGGCUGCCAAGGCUGCCGGUGCGACGUUGGUGGGUCCAUCGGGCCGGCGUGCGAGGCGAGGACCGGAGCCUGUCACUGCAGGCAGAACACCCAAGGCCCAACAUGCACCCUGCCUACGAGGGACCAUUAUUUCCCUGACCUCCACCACCUGAAAUUUGAAUUGGAAGAGGGCACCACGCUAGAUGGCCGGGCUGUUCGCUUUGGCUACAACCCCCUGGAGUUUGAGAAUUUCAGCUGGAGAGGAUACGCUCAGAUGUCUCCCAUUCAGCCCAAGGUAGUGGUGACUCUCAAUGUGACCUCCCCUGACCUGUUCCGCAUCGUCUUUCGCUACGUCAACCGGGGGCCGGCCAAUGUGGAAGGGAGGGUCUCAGUCCUUGAGGAAGGAAAGUUUAAUGUUUGUGGCAACUGUACUGAGCAGACCAAGCAGAUCAUCUUCGCUCCCAGCACCGAACCGGCUUUUGUCACCGUCCCUCAGAACAGCUUCGGGGAGCCCUUUGUGCUGAACCCCAGCGUGUGGUCGCUGAUCGUUGAGGCAGAGGGCAUACUGCUGGACUAUCUGGUUUUGCUCCCCAGUUCGUACUAUGAAGCGCCCAUACUGCAGCUGAAGGUCACAGAGGCGUGUACCUACAGCCCAGCCCCUGAGCAAGCCAGUCAGAACUGCCUCUUGUACAAGUACCUGUCUGUGGACAGCUUCCCCUCUGCGUCUGGAGGAGACAUGGUGUGCCGGCUGGACAACAGCUUACCCAGGCCCUGUCCCAUGGUGCCCAUCACCCCAUCACACCCGCAGAUGGCACUGUGCAGCGGCAGUGACGUGGAGGUCCAGCUGCGGCUCGUUGUUCCCCAGCCUGGGAGAUACGUGCUGCUGGUGGAAUACGCCAACAAGGAUGCCAUGCAGAGGGCCAGUGUAGCAAUAAGCUCCCUGCAAUUAGCCACCCAGCAGGGGUCACUCACCUUCCACACAUGUGACUACAGUUUCCUUUGCCGUGGGAUAGUCUUAGAUUCACAGAAUCGCUUGGCAGCUUUUGAACUUACCACAGAGGGAACCAUUCGGUUCGCAGCCGAUCAAGCCCACUUCUUCCUGUAUAAAGUGUACCUGAUACCUUAUGGACAAUUCACCAUGGAAUUUGUUGAGCCAAAGGUUCACUGCAUCAGCCUGCAUGGCACCUUCUCACCCUCCAGUAGUUCCUGCAUCCCAUCAAGGUUUAUGAAGCUCUCUCAGUCCAUUGUCCUGGAAGCAGGCCAGGCUCUGUCAAUCCCUCCAGACUUUCCCUUGACUCACGUCUUCACAGUCGCUCCGACUGGCAUCCCAACUGAGCCUUUGCCUCGGCCUCCGACUGCAGUGGACUCCUCAGCCGAGCUCAUACUCCUGCAGCCUUCCCAGGCUGCUGCUGUAUUUAACAGUCGGAUCCAGACGCUGGGUCGCUAUGCUUUCAUCAUGCACUAUUACCAGCCCAACCACCCCACAUUCCCCGUGGAAGUGUUAAUCAACGGUGGGCGGAUUUGGCAAGGCCAGGCCAAGGCUGCUUUCUGCCCACAUGGAUAUGGUUGUCGGAGCGUGGUGGUUUCCGAGAACCAGGUCAUCCUGGACGUUACGGAUAAUGAGCUGACGGUGAUUGUUCGUGUGCCAGCAGGCCGGCAGCUGUGGCUGGAUUACAUCCUGGUGGUGCCUGAAGACAGCUACAGCUCCCAUUAUCUGCUGGAGGAACCCCUGGACAAAUCCUACGAGUUUAUCAGCAGCUGUGGAGUCAAUAGUUUCUACAUCAAUCCUACCACGUCGUCCAAGUUCUGCAGGGACUCUGCCAUCUCACUCUCUCUGUUCUACAACAAUGGAGCUCAGCCCUGCCGCUGCCACGAGGCAGGGGCCAUCGGGGGCCAGUGCGAGCUCUUUGGUGGGCAGUGUGCUUGCAAAUCCAACAUCAUCGGCCGAGAGUGUUCCCGGUGUGCCACUGGUUACUGGGGCUUCCCCAACUGUAGGCCUUGUGACUGUGGGACCCGCCUGUGCGAUGAAGUGACGGGGCAAUGCAUCUGCCCGCCGCAUACCAUCAAGCCGGAGUGCGUUGUCUGUGAGCCCCAGACCUUUGGCUGCCACGCCUUGAUUGGCUGUGAGGACUGCAAUUGUUCACGUACAGGAGUGCAAGAACUGGCGGAGCCAGGCUGCGACAUGGACAGUGGCCAAUGCAGGUGCAAACCCAAUAUAAUAGGACGGCGAUGUGAUGUCUGCGCCCCUGGCUACUACCAUUACCCACACUGCCGGAGGUGUUACUGUCAUCAGGCAGGGACGGAAGUGAGCGUGUGUGAUCCGGUCACUGGGCAGUGUCACUGCAAGGAAAAUGUGGAGGGUGUGAGGUGUGACCAGUGCCGCCUGGGGACCUUCUCUUUGGAUGCAAACAACCCCAAGGGCUGCACCAGGUGUUUCUGCUUUGGAGCGACCGAUCGCUGCCAUAGUGCAGAGAAGUACCGAGUGGAGUUCAUCAACAUGAAUGGGUGGGUGUUACUGAGCGGAGACCGCCAAGAAGUGGCCACCUCCCUGAGACUAGAGGAGCAGCUCAUUCAUGCUGACCUGAAGAACGUUCCCGAGGCCUAUCAGGAGCUCUACUGGCACGCACCCAGCUCUUACCUUGGAGAUCGGGUGUCCUCCUAUGGCGGAUACCUGCGGUAUGAGCUUCGCUCAGACACCAGAAGGGGCGAUGUGUUCAUUCCCAUGGAGCCCCGCCCGGAUGUCAUCCUCAAGGGGAACCAAAUGAGCAUCAUGUUUCUGGAAGGCACUUCCCCUUCCCCUGGAGAGGUACAUGAAGGACGGCUGCAGCUCAUGGAGGGUAACUUCAGACACACGCAGACGCACAACCCAGUGUCCAGGGAAGAGCUGAUGAUGGUGCUGGCCAACCUAGAGCAGCUGCAGAUCCGAGCGCUCUUCUCCCAGCUCGCCUCAUCAGUGUAUCUGCGUCAGGUGGUCCUGGAGACUGUGACGGAGAUCAGCGGGGGCAUCCGAGCCAGCAACGUGGAACUGUGCAUGUGUCCGGCCAAUUACAGGGGAGAUUCCUGCCAGGAAUGUGCUCCAGGUUAUUACAGAGACACCAAGGGUCUCUUCUUGGGAAAAUGUGUUCCCUGUCAUUGCAACGGCCACUCAGAUCAGUGCCUCCCAGGAUCUGGAAUAUGCAUCAACUGCCAACACAACACGGAGGGAGAUCGCUGUGAGCGAUGCAAAGAUGGGUAUGUCGGUAACUUCUCCCUCGAUGGGCCAUUGCAGUGCAUGGGAUGUCCAUGUCCUCUUUCAGUUGCUUCCAACAACUUUGCCGUUGGAUGUGUCCAUAAGGGCUCCACCAUGCAGUGUCUCUGCAAGCCAGGCUAUGCCGGAGCCAUGUGUGAACGGUGUGCCCCAGGUUACUAUGGCAACCCCUUAGUGAUCGGCAGUUCCUGCCAGCCAUGUGACUGCAGUGAGAACACGGAUCCCAACAUGUUGUUCAGUGACUGUGACUCUCUGACGGGCGCCUGCACAGGAUGUAUGUACAACACGGCCGGGCCCCGGUGUGAAGUGUGUGCCCCAGGGUACCACGGAGACGCAGUGGUGGCAAAGAACUGCACAAGGUGUAACUGUUUGCCGUGCGGGACUGAGUUGUGUGACCCCAGAACUGGCCGAUGUCUCUGUAAACCUGGAGUGACAGGUCAGCACUGCGACUGCUGUCAGGAUGGGUACUACGGCUACCGUGACUGCUCUGGCUGUCGAAAGUGUGACUGCGACAUUGGAUCCAUAGGCACCAGCUGCCACGCUGAGACUGGUCAAUGUAGCUGCCAGCCCGGGGUGACUGGUCUUCGAUGUCAGCAGUGUGCGCCAGGCUACUGGGGGCUCAGCAAGCAUGGCUGCACAAAGUGUCGGUGUAAGGGGGGCUCCUGUGACCCCCGGAGUGGAGAGUGCACCUGCUCCAAUGGCCUGACGGGGAAGCAAUGUGACACCUGCAUAGAGAAGUAUGAGAUCCCCGUAGCAAAUGGCCCGGACAGCAUGAGGUGUGAAGUCUGUGACAGCUGCGUGCUGCUUCUGCUGGAUGACCUCCAGAAGAUCAAGGCUUCUUUCCCCAUCAUCAAGAACCAGUUGAUUAACCUGAAUGCCAGCUCCAUCGCAUGGGCCCGACUGCAUGGUCUGAACAGCUCUGUGAAAAACGUCACUAACCACCUGCGCGAAUAUCAGAAAUCCAUGAACGGGGUCAAGCAAAAGGCAGACGAGCUGGCAGACGAGAAUGCGGACCUCACUCAGGAUUUGAUUGCACUGCAGCACAAGGCAACAAUGACUCACAGAAAAGCAAAGGAUCUGCAGGGGCAGACAAAUGAGAUCUAUCAGAGAGCAGAGCACCUGCCAAUGAGUAUCCAAGGCAUCCUGGAUAGCAUUGCAGAUUUGGUGCACCAGAUGGACAAGCUGGGGACUGCAGACCUCAGUACAGCCUCCUCUGAGGAGUUCUGGCAAAAGAUGGCCGAGGUGCAAAGGAUGCUGAAGGAGAUGAAGGAACGGGAUUUCCUCAGCCAGAAAGGGGUGGCGGAACACGAACAUGAGAAGGCUCAGAAACUGCUCCAUCGCGUGAGGAGCGAGCUGUACAGCAAGUGGGAAUCCAACCAAGACCUGGUGAAGAGCAUCAAAGACAUGCUGUCUCAGUAUAGUUCAGAGCUGAUGGAUCUCCGAGAUGCUCUCAAUGAGGCUGUGAAUAAAACCAGGCAGACAGAGGACUUGAACAGCCUGAAUCGGAACAACCUUGAGGAGAGCCAGCGAAAGAGUAAGGAGCUGCAGAAGCAGUACGGGGUGGUGCAGGACACUCUGCAGAUGGCUGAGGACUCCCUGGUCCAGGUCUCGGAUCUUCUACAGAUAAUAGAGAAUGCAAAGGAGGGGGCGGGGACAGUGUCAAACCUGGAAAGCACCAUUCCACUGCUGCUGGAGAAGCUGAGUGGCCUGGAGAACAGGAGGAAUAAGAACUCCACUGUGUCCGAGAACAUCCUGCGAAUCCGCCAGCUGAUCACGCAGGCCAGAAAUGCUGCUAGCAAGGUGAAGGUACCAGUGAAGUUCAACGGCACCUCGGGCAUCCAGGUCCGGACUCCUAGCGACCUGCAGGAUUUGUCGGCCUACACCUCCCUCAAGUUCUACAUCCAGAACCCAGAGCCCAAACCCAGGCAGCGGCGUCAGGAUGGGGCCGACGCAGGACAGUUCAUAUUGUACCUGGGCAAUAAAGACGCCACUGGAGACUACAUGGGCAUCGUGCUCAAAGACCGCAAGGUGCAGUGGAUCUAUAAACUUGGGGACGAAGAACCGACCUAUUUAACAGUUGACGAAGAGAUCGGAGAGCAGUUUGCUGCAGUCAGCAUCAACAGGAUCCUGCAGUAUGGACACAUGUCUGUGAUCGUGGAGAAGCAAACCUUGCACGAGACGAAAGGAGACAGCGUAGCCAAAGGAGAGCAGGGGCUGCUCAACCUCGAGCCACACAGUGUGGUCUUCUAUGUGGGAGGCUACCCCACCGGCUUCAUGCCUCCAGUGACACUGCGCUACCCCAGCUACCGGGGCUGCAUCGAGAUGGAUACGCUGAACGAGGAGGUGGUGAGUCUAUACAACUUCCAGCGCACCUUCCACCUGGACACGGCUUCUGACAAACCCUGUGCAAGGUCCAAAUCCACGGGAGAUCCCUGGCUGACAGAUGGCUCCUACUUUGAUGGUACUGGCUAUGCAGAAAUCAAAUUUGAGAGCCAGAUCGGCUCGACCAAGCGCUUUGAACAGGAAAUUCGUGUGGUCUCUUACAACGGGAUUCUCUUCUUCUUGGAGCAUCAGGGCCAGUUCUUGUGUCUGGCUGUACAGGAUGGAAAGCUGGUGCUUUACUAUGACUUCAAGCAAGUCCUUGAGAUGGCACCACCCAGUAGUGACCCCACAUCUCUCACCGUCAGCAGCACCACGAACAAAGCGAUCCAGAUUUUCCUCCUCACCAUGAGUUCCAAGCAGCGCAUUUUAGUGCGGCUGGAGCGACAGACCAUCUUCAUGGUGGAGCAUGAGAACUCCCUGGAGAAUGCUGUUUCCUACUACCUGGGGGGCGUGCCCAUGCCCCUGCUGCCCAAGAGCUUGAAGGCCAUCUUCCCCAAGGGAGGUUCGAUCCGGGGCUGCAUGAAGGGCCUGAAGGCGCUUGGCAAAUACGUUGACCUAAAGCGCAUGAAUACGGUCGGAGUGAGCUACGGGUGCACCUCGGACCUCCUGGUGGCCCGCUCAGUUAAAUUCCAUGGCCACGGCUACCUGACACUGCCUCUGAAGAACGUGCCCUCGUUGCAGGACUUCUACACAGGCUUCAGCUUCCGAACUAGCCAGAGCCACGGCCUGCUGUACUCCCACACUACAACGGAAGGGAAUUGCCAGGUGUCUCUGAAGAAUGGCCGAGUAGCCGUGACAGUGCUGAAAACCGAACUCACCACAAAACAUGCCUAUGCGGACGAUGCCAGCCACUACGUGGCCAUCUACAGCGACGCCACAGGGGUUCGGCUUUACAUAGAUGACCAGCUCCAAGGGCCCAAGCAAGGGGCCGAUCGCUACAAACGGCACAGGCGCCAGGAGGAGCAGAUGCUGUUUCGACUGGGUGGUUUGCCAGAGGCGGGCGCUCUUAGCAACCUGACGGGUUGCAUCGGGAAUGUCUUUGUGAAGCGGAAAUUAGACCCGCAGAUGGUUGUGGACCUGCAGCAGAACACAGAGAGCUUCAACGUGACCAUGAGCUGCCCAUGGGACCGGCAGCCACAGCAGAUGAGAGCGUCUCUGAAGAAAGAUAGGCGGAAACUAAAGGUGCCAAGCCAGGCUGCUCUGAAAGACAGUAGGCAUUACCAGGAUAGGACCUGCCAGCUACCCAGGCACCCCAAAGCCACUAAAGGUGCCUUCCAGUUUGGGGGAGCCUCCACGAGCCAUGUGGAAUUUGAUGACAUCCCAGCGUCCUUCCGCGAAAGGUCCCACUUCUCCCUGGACGUCAGGCUGAACUCACCCAGUGGGCUGCUGUUUUACGUGGCCAGCGAACUGCAGGGCUCCUUCAUGGCCCUCUUCGUCUCCAGCGGCCGCUUCGUGUUCCUGGCCGAUCUCAAUGGGAAGAAACUGAGAGUGCGGAGCAAAGACAAGUACCAUGACGGCAGGUGGCACACAGUCUUCUUCGGCAGGGACGGGAGCAGGGCUCAGCUGGUCAUCGAUGGCCUGAAGGCUCAGAACGGCGUGGUGGCUGCUGCUGGAGACUUUCUGGCCCAAAGCCCAUUUUAUGUUGGGGGAGCGCCUGCUGCAAAAGCCAAGGCUCAUGUUCCAGACACUUCUGUGCCCAGCUUUAGCGGCUGCCUGAAGAACUUGAAACUGGAUGGGAAAGCCCUGGACUCCCCCUCUCGUGUCUUUGGAGUGACACCCUGCUACGAGGGGAUGCUGGAGAGCGGCAUCUUCUUCGCUGCAGAGGGUGGAUACGUGACUUUAGCCAACUCUGUGGCGAUGGGGCGGGACCUGGAGCUGAGGUUGGAUGUUCGGCCCCGGAGCGCCUCUGGCCUGAUUUUCCACAUGGGCACGCAGAGAAAGCACUACCUCACUCUGUAUGCAGACGACACACAGGUCACAGUGAAAGCAAACGCCGGGGCUGGGGAGUUCUCCACUUCGGUGGCCCGCCCGUCGCUCUGUGAUGGCCAGUGGCACAGCAUAGCAGUCAUCCAAGGCAAAAACAUGAUCCGGUUGGACGUGGACACAGAUGGAAACUACACGGUGGGACCGAGCCAGACUCACUCAGCGGAUACCAAAGAGACGCUCUAUCUGGGGACCGUGCCAGGAACUGCCACACUGGAGGCUGCUUCACCAUCCCUGCUCACUCCUCUUCCCCAUUACGUCGGCUGCAUAAGGAAUCUGGUGAUAAACCAGAACCCGGUUGACCUGCUACAAGCUGGGACCAUCAGGGGCUCGGUUGGUCUUACGGGCUGCCCAGUGAUUUAAAUAGUGUAAAGCCUGAACUAUGAAAAGCUGCACUACCCGCCAGGUGCCUUGCUUGGACUGGACACUCAGCCUGCGAUCUCUUGUAGCCUUGACUAACAGCUGCCAGAGACACGUGAGCUCCAGCAACUACGGUGAAGCCAUGGAGGUCCACACCGAGAGAGAGGCUGAGCCUGCAGCUCUGCCCUCUCUCAUCUUCAAUUGGUUUUGAUUAUUGGUGCCCCCCAAGGACAUAGCCCUCCCUAAACCCCCAUCUCCAGUAUGUGAGUGUUAGAGACAAGCCCCUAUAACCCGUGAGCCAUGGCAGCGUAUAAGGAGAGUGGGUAGAGUGCACAGCAGCAGUACAUCACUCCCAGCCCCCCCUCUGUUCACUUCACCUGCUGUGGGUGUGGGCUGGAGCCUUUGUUACAAACUAUUGUCAGAGGAGUAAUAACAGCCUUCGCUAAACCUGUCUCAGCGUGGUACUUGGGCCUGCUGUUGCUACUGCUGUCUCCUCACUGUAGUAAGGCCAUUGGGAUAUGCUUCAAGAAAACACCCACUGAAAACUGGAAGUACCUCCGUGUGUGUUGCCAACUUCAGAUAGUGAACAAUACAGACAUUUCUUUAGAGAUAAGUAUGAAAAAGCUAAAGCUGAUCUGUGUGACUGUGUGUUUAACACCUCGCAUUAUAAAACUCAUCUUCUCAGUGGAGGAAGAGAAUCUUACGCUGUCCCAAAGUUUGAGAAUCAAGAUUUGUACGCACAGAGGUGAAGCAGUGAGCUACUUCGACCCUCUCUGGCUCUGGACUUGAUCCUGCAAAGUAUUGAGCAAUGGCUGGAAGUGCUGAUCACUCUCCAAUCCCUUUGCCUUCAAUAGGCAUGGAGGGGUCACAGCACCUUGCAGGCUCAAGUCUUCUCUGCAACUCUGAGAGCGCCUCACUCACCCUGAACCAAGACAUAGUGCCCCACACCUGCUCCCUGGUGGGGGUCAGCAGCUGUACAGCCCAUGGUCUUCGCAGGACUCGGAGCGUAAGCCUAACAUGAACACGUAGGUAUCGAAGGGGGUUUAAGGCCACUUUAUGGCCAGGCACCAUCUUAGCAGUACAUGAGAAGAGACCAAAAUAAAUGCAUGUUCAGUACUCCCCGUCUGUCUGCACGUUUUCCUACGGAUUUCUACACUUCCUGGGUUUGCUUAAGAUUGACUUGUUUGAAUCUAAGUGCUUGACAUUCUACAACUAAGUUAGGAAUUCUGCUUGGUGGUUGGUUCAUCUUUGCAAAUGCAAGCUGAACAAGGUGUAUCUCCACAUGCGUGCGCAACAUUGCCAAAAUACCCAAAUGUUGAUACAGCAAUUGUCCUUUACUGGGGGCGCCAUAUGUGAGUGCCAUAAAGACCUGUUGUAUGAAGACACUGCGUUUAUCUUAGAAAAGAUUUGUCAUAAACCUGCCAAGCUUUGCUGUAUUUGUCACUUUGCCCUCUCCGACAUGUCUCACGUGUGGCAUCCUUAUCUCUAACGUCCAGUGUAGUGCAGCUUUCAUUUAAAAACAAAACCAUUUUUCCCCAAGCCACCUAUAGUUCACUUACAUAUGUCAUAUAUAUAUUUGUGUGUAUAUAUCUAGUCACAUGGGGACAAAAUCUUGCUUCUGAAAUGGAUUUAUAACUUAUAUCAAUAUGAUUUUUUUUAUGAUGGGGUAAAUAUUGUAAAAUGGGCUUUUAACAUGUCUUUUUAUUAUCUUUAAACAAAUAUAAUUGACCCAUUUUUAAAUUGUAGUAUUAAAGAUGGUCUUUGUAAAUCACUGGUACAUAUUUUUGAGUCAAAUAAAAUUUUAUGUUAUCUACUCUUUGGUUGAAGAGCAAGGAUGAGAUUUAAGCAGCAGCUGGUCUUUUCUUUUGAAGGGAAGGAGCAGGGAUUGUUCAGCAGGAGAAACAAUCCUGUUUGUCUCACUAACAUAAAAGUCGGUGAUUGCUGCAGCCUGUGUGUGACACUUGUGCUAGCAGUCCCCAAUAUGGACCCUGAAUAAAGUUAGCUCCUAGGAGGACCUACCAGUAUGUGCUAAAGCAAGUUGCAUUGGAAGUUGUCAUAAUUUUAAACCUCCAGUCUUGGAAACAGCCAUCUAAUAACUAAUAGUGAAGUAAAAAUAAGACCACAUGUGCUUUUAGACUUCAUGGCCAGGUCACCAUUUGAAUGUGGCUCUCUGGAAGCAAUUAUCUGUUUUCUCAUGAGGCCUGGGUAGGAUUUAUAACUUAUAUAUACAUUUGAGGUUCUAGCUAUUUGAGACUCAUUCCAUAGUUUAGUGUGAGGCAGUUAGGACUCUAGUCCUUACACUGGAGACUCUAAUCCAUGCUUGUUAAUGUGCCUU